AUGUUAUUAUAUAAAUCCUUUCCUAAUCCUUCCACCCAUGUGACAAAAAAAAUAUAAUAUACACAUACGAUAAAAUUGCAAUAUGAAAUAAUAGAUAAUGAAAACCAUUUCCCUUCUGCGAGCUAGAUUAUAAAACAAGGCAAUAUGACAAAGAUAUAACCAAAUACUUAAAUAAACAAACAAAAUAAUGUAUUGAUAAAUAAUUAAGCAAACAGUCAUGCAAGUAAAAUGUAUAACCAAAUGAAGAAAAAAAUAAAUAGAAAGAUAAAUAUACAAGCAAAAUAUAUUACGGCAGAUAAAGUCACCUGUCAGUCUCUCCUCCGUGUCCGCAGUGGCGCCGACCAGCAUCAGCCUUGUGGGAUGGAGUGAGGGCGCCGUGGUGGAGAUGCGGCCGGGCACUUCGCUCACCCUCGAGUGCGUGGUCACCAACGCUCGCCCUCCACCGCGCCUCUGGUGGUACAAGGACGGACUCCAUCUUGACAGUGAAGACCAGCCUACCUACCACGUGGAGGAGACAGCCACGCCGAGAAGGUGGAGCGUACAAAGCCAGCUGGUGGUGACAGCUGAGGAGGACGACGACGGGAAAGUCAUCUCGUGUGAAGCUGCUCAUCCGGCGCUUAAAGAUGCCCCAGCGCCCCUUCAGGCCUCUGUCACGCUGUCUGUCAUGCACCCUCCCAGCGCGCCCGUCAUCACCGGGUACCGCAAGGAAGAGAUCCUUCGCGCCGGCGACCGCCGCACCCUCAGCUGCCGCGCGAGAGGCGGCAACCCGCAGCCUUCAGUAUCGUGGUAUCGCAGCGGGGAGCUAGUGGAUGAUACCUCAGCCCGGGACGCCACAGGGACAGUGAACACUCUCGACCUGGUCGUGACGUCAGAGGAGGACGGCGCCGCCUACGAGUGUCGCGUCUCCAACGAAGUGAUGGAAGAGCCGCUCACGGCCAACGUCACGCUCACCGUCUACUACUCGCCCUCAUCCGUGAGCCUAACGGGACCAAGCGAGAUUGCAGAAGGGAAGCACAUUACCUUCGCCUGCGAGACGAGCGAGUCGAACCCCCCCUCGUCUCUGCUCUGGACUGUACAGGGAAAGGUCCUGAACAACGUGAAAGAACGGGUCAGCAGGGUCAGUUCAGGUGGCUGGGUGACCUCAUCUGAACUGACUCAGUACGUCGUCAAAUCGCACAGAGAGACGGAGGUGUCGGUGGAGUGCAGAGCCGUGAACCCCGCCAUCGAUCGCGUUGUUAAGAAGAAACUGGUCAUUGGGAUCACACAGCCCCCAGGUCCGCCGGUGCUGGAGGGAGACUUGAGCACCGAGGUCAUAGCCGGGUCAACCCUCGACUUGAAGUGCAGCAGCAUGGGAGGUCAUCCUCCUCCGACAGUCAGAAUAUAUAAGGAAGACAAGGAGAUCUUCACAAGCAUCUUAAGGAAGGAUAACGUGACCCAGGCCAGGGGAAAGAUCGAGGUCUCGCCCGUAGAUAACGGGUCAAAGGUCACGUGUGUUGUGACGAGCUCGGCCAGCAGGGCGCCUCUGCUCACGUCCGCUACGCUCACUGUGCUCUUCGCCCCUUGGGAAGUGGCGGGCUCGGCCAUCCCAGACAUCGUAGAAGAAGGCCAAGUCGUGACGCUUUCCUGCGAAUCCUCCUCCAGUCACCCGCCGGCUAAUAUUACCUGGAAGUCCGGAGAGACAAUCCUGCAGGCGGAGAGCAUUCACUUCACCCAGGGCGCCUUCGGAGGCACGAAUACACGGUCAGAGAUCCAGGUGAGACCGACGGCAGAAGACAAUGGGCGUGCCUUCACCUGCGAGGCGGACAACGGGCUCGGUUCCAUUCUCAAGACGGACGUUUCGCUCAAUGUUUUACAUGGCCCUCGUUGGGUGGUCGAACCUGCUCCUCAGCUCGACGUUUAUGAAGGAGCAGACUUAGUCAUCAUAGCAUCUGCUGCUUCGAAUCCAGGCCCGCCGAGGUACUGGUGGUGGCGUGGGGAGGAGACAUUAUUGGGUAGUGAGAGCAAACUGCGCUUAGGAAGAAUCACGAGGCAGUUUACCGGGAACUACACCGUCACGGCAUACAGUCAAAAGGGAACGAUUAAUUCUACUUUCUUCCUCAAUGUACAGUACGGACCAGAGCAAGUGAAAGUUCCCGAAGUAGUGAGAGUUGACGAAGGUGAAAGUGUUGCUAGCAAGUGCAGCGCUCGAGGCAACCCCUCCCCCCACCUCACUUGGACAAGGGAAUCUCACUCUCAUGCCCGAAACAGCACAGCUCAGACUCUCAGUGAAGGCGUGGGCGCCGUGGUGCUGGAGCUGCAGUCGGCAACGCGGGCGGCAACGGGCGUGUAUCUAUGUCAUGCAUCUAACAUCGUGGCUUCAGCGCCGCCCGCACGCACCAGGGUUAUUGUCUCGCAGGCGGCGACAGUAGAGAGGGACGCGGCAGGGUCACGUGGCUCGUGGGCGUCUGUGGGCGAGAAUGGGCGUCUCAUGUGUCGUGUGCGGGCGGCGCCGGCUCCCGCCUUCCACUGGAGUCUUCAGGAUGGAACCAAGAUUAAGAACAGUGUCAAAUAUAUCAUUCAUAAGCCUGAGCUCGUGGACGGGCUGGUGCUGUGGGUGUCGGUGCUGGAGGUGAAGAAGGUGACGCCUCAGGACUACCUCGUGUACAGCUGCACCGCCAAGAAUCCGCUAGGCGCCGAUUCCCUGCUCCUCGCUCUCCACCCGCCCGCGCGCCCGCACACGCCGACCAACUUCACCGUAACCAAUGUAACAGACACAAGCAUCUCCCUGUCUUGGACCCCCAAUCACGGCGGUGGUACCCCCCUCGGCUAUAUGCUACGCUAUAACCCAGCCGACACUCGAGAGUACCAGUACGUGAAAGUGGGAGGCGGAGGGACGUCAGGCACAACUCUCACGGGGUUAACACCUGGGACGGAAUACACGGUCACCAUUCAGGCGAGGAACGACCACGGGUCUUCUGCGUUCGUCACUCCUCCGCUCUCGAUUGUGCCCCGCGGGCCUGUGAGAGACGCAGACGCUGUAACGGGCAGCCAGAGCUCCAGCCUCACGCCCUUGCUUCUGCUCGUGCUCUCUCUCGCCGCCCUGGCCCUCCUCGCCAUCAACUUCAUCGUCGUCACCUGCUUCAUUCGCUGGCGCAGCAGGAAUGCCACGUCGAUCGCUUCCUCCUCCACCAAGAAGAUCUCCCUAGACUCUGUCGGGGAGACGCCAGGCUCAAGCCCCGAGGCCAACCAUCGGCAAGUCCUUCUCUCGCUUACUACGUUGUCCUCCACUUCGCCUCCUGCAUAUAGGGUCGAGUGCCAGACGAGCCUGGACGGCAAGGAGAGCGCCAACCUGCAGACCCCGGUGGUGGCGAUGGUCCGCCCUUCGAACUUCGCGCUGCAGCAGGGUGACCGCAGGAACAGCAGUGUCUAUCUCACGACCGGCGAAAGGGUCCCCGCCACGCCGCAGGACGCCAGGAUUCACGCCUCGGCCAAUCCCGGGAGCAGGGAGGCUUCGAUGCGAGGGAGCCCCAUGCUGCCCAACGGGAGGAUCCCCGGCCAAGUGAGCUGCGUGGUCGGACUCGCUCCCGAGGCUGAGGUCUGUUCCGUGGGCUCGGGAUCCUACGACGCCGUGAGCAAGCACCACCGAAGGAGGUCCGACGGGCUGGACGACCAGAUUUCCUUGUGCUCGCAUCACAGCGACCACUCCUACGUGUACUCGCAGGACUACAUUCGCCAGGUGUCGCAGGCCCUUCACCUGCACAAUCAGGAGCGAGCCAGGAGAAAGGCGGUUCACCGAGCCAAGUCACAGCAGGAAAAGGAGGCGCAGAACCAGAAGGCGCAGCAGAAAACGGCGAGGGAAGCCUCUGCCUAUCCAGGCCUUAAUCCAGCGGGUCCGUAUAGCAUAAGCUUCUCCCAAGACACGCCCCUGGGAUACGCUACUCUGGGCACCCGGCGCCCCGCCUCCUCCAAGCUAGCGACGAUACAAAGGUCGAGGUCUCCCACCACGUCUCUUCGGUGCAGCACGCCCACGCCCGCCCAGAUCCCGCCCUGCUUCAGCCUGAAUCCCGACGGCGGAGGAGGCCCGGUCCUGAAGCUGGCCGUGGAGCGCGUCAUCCCCGAGGGCGAGCCGCCGGCGCAGCUCAGGAGGCGGCAGAGCGAGCCGGCGGUGCCCGAGGCGGCGGGAGAGCCGGGCGAGAGGACGGCGGCCGCGCCCUCCGAGGACCCUUCUGCAGGAGGCCAGGGGAGGAGGAGCACCAACGACAAGACCGAAGGCGGAGGGCAUCCGACCGCUCAAAAUACCCAGGAUAACUCCUCCUUCGGUCCCCUCCCGCGCGCCCCCGAGGAGAUCCUGCUGGACGCCAUCGUAGGGAGCAUCAAGGCGAAGAAGACGAGCGCUCUGGCGAGGAACAAAGCUCCUUCGCCGCCCCCUCGCGCGCCUCCUGCAGAGCCCCCUCAGACGGCGGGCGAGAUCCAGGUGCUAGAGGAGGCGGGCGGCAUCACUGUGACUGUUGAAAGUGCCCCGGACGAGGAUUAAUGGCACCGUUUUUAUUCACCUUUUUAUUACCCAAGGUCGAUGAUCUCAUUAUCAUGUUUUAUGUGAUAGGGUCUCCUUGUCCCUGAUUUACGUAAUUUGCUUGUUUUUGUUUCGUUUUAUAUAUAAUAAUUAGUGAUUGGAUUAAUGAAUAUUUUAUUCCUAUAGUCCCUUGGCCCACACGAGAACGCACACACAAAAAAUCACACACAAAAAAACUACAUAGACACAUGUACACACGAGCACAAGAAAGUAGAUAGAAAAAACAAACACACU